AUGCCUGCUUCAAAAUCACGGCCGGUAAAGGCUGCUGCUGCAGGUGGACGAGGCAUAGAGGAGCGCACCAACACCACUCGCUUUACUGCUAUGGCCAAGGCGCCACUCGAAUCGCUCCUCAUGCCAGCAGCCAAAGCAUAUUUGCUAGGCUACAUCAUGGACAUCCUCCCCGCCAUCCUCAAAGCUCUCGUCAAAUACAUCACUACCGAGCUCAAACGCAUUCGAACUUCCGAGAAGCGGCUCAUCGAGCAGCGCAAAAUCGCAAAAGGAUUGGGUCAGCCUCAAGACAAACCUGGCAUUCUCGAUGGUCUCAAGCCUAUCCUUCCCAGCGUUUAUCGUCUGCCUACACUGUUGGAGGCUAUCGCAAAGGCGUUGGUCGUAGCGCUUGGUGCCAAUGGGAUGGCGAUUAGCUGCUUCCUGGCAAUCGCAGCUUGGAGGAUCUCAGAGACUUUUGUUUGGUGGCCUAUUGCAAAAUACUACACUCUCAAGCUAGCCAAGGCUGCUACUUGGUCCGAGAAGCAAAGCCUCGAUGCUCUUCGACAAGCGCGUAUCGCAUCCACUUUUGUCGCUUCUUCGCUCAGCUCAGCACUUGCACUGAUGAUGUUGCAGCAUCAGAGUCAGGCUGCGAUCUCAGCUAAGAAAGCAACUGCAGAUGACAAGAUGCUCACCAUCGAUACUACGCCAAGUUGGAUCCCGAGAAGUCUUGGUCCUUCCAAUCUAGGGUUCUUGGGUAGCAGGAAUGCGAAUAGUACUUGGACACCUCGCUUUGCUAGUCUUGCCCCCGCUGGUCAUUUCUUGUCGAGGCUGACGAGUCUUACUGUUCCCGGUACACCAGCUCCUCCUCCCCCUGGUGUGCCCGUCGUUAGCUCUCUCAUCUCAACCAGCCCGGAUCCAAGAGCACCAGCUUCACCCACAAAUACAUUCCAACCUCUUCCUCAAACUUGCCAAUCAGAUGCAGCUGUCCCACCUGCAAGCCCCUCUUGCCUUGCACCCACCAUCCCGGAAAAGCCUGAAACAGCAGCACUCGGCCGCCCAUCCCCAACCAUCGACCUAACCCUCUUCGCCCUAGUUCGUGGGAUGGACACUCUCGUUCGUGCCCUAGCCGCUCCCGCUCCCGCUUCGGCAGGAAAGGCGAAACUUCGAAGCUCGACGGUCUUCCCUUCCUCCUCCCACUCAGCCAGCUCUCGCGGUGGUAAGAUGCUCAACCGACUCGCCCUCGGGGUGGCAAACGAAGCGGAAGGACUGAUCUUUGUCAUCUGUUGUGCUCAAAUCAUGUGGGCUUGGUUCUAUCACCCGGAACGACUCCCCCCCUCUUACGUUAGAUGGAUUACAAACCUCGCGACAAUGGACGAACGUCUCCUCCUCGCACUCCGCUGCAUCCGAACUUCAAAACCUUUAAGAUGGAAGUAUCAGUCGAAAGGAAUGACUCCUGAAGGAGUCCACCUUCUGGGAUCACUAGCUGAAGAAUUAGGUUAUCCUUACGAAUGGGGCGAUCCAACCCGCCUCCCCAACACUUCAGCCGAAGCACUGGCGAUGUUUGCAGAAGCCGCCAAGAAGGCAGCAGAUGGGCAAGUAGAAAAGGGAGCCAAUCCAGGAUUCGUACUCAACGGAGCAGCCGGGCCGAGAGGAAGGGGUGAGAUGGCUGGAAUGCCAUGCGAACUUGUCCAUUGCGGUACCGGUGGAGCGUCGUGUUAUAAAAAUGCACUCUAUCGCUGGAUUAGAGGCUGGCGUAUGUCUAUGGCUAUAUAUUUCCCCGUCCAUCUUCUCCCCCGUUUGCUCUUCAAUCCAAAGGGCUUCUUCUCUUCUCCCAUCGCCAACUUGCUCAAAGUGCUUAGCGGUGCAGCACGGUCGGCUGCAUUCCUGGCGACUUACAUUGUUGCAAAUUGGUUCCCCAUUUGUCUAGCUCGUUCGGCACUUCUUCCGCGACUGUUGCCUAAUGUUGCGUUUAACUUUUGGGAUGCUGGCUUGGGUCCGAUGUUGGGUAGUAUAGCCUGUGGCUUUAGUAUAUUUAUUGAAGAAAAGAGGAAACGUGCAGAGAUGGCAUUGUAUGUUGCACCAAGGGCCUUGUUUGCCAUGGUCGAAAGUGCUAAGCCGGGGUGGUUGAGUCAAGGGGAAAGAUCGGCUUUGUGGGCAGAGAGAUUGACUUUUGGUGCAGCAGUGGGCAUUGUGGUUGCAGCAGGGAGAUAUAGACCUGAUUUGUUGAGAGGCAUAACUGCUGCUAUGGGUUGGGUUGUUAGACCUCCUGGAAUGCUUAGUUCGGGAAGAAAUUAUGCCAGAUCUCAAAAGUAG